GGCUCUGGGAUGUGGCAGACAGCCACUUCAGGCCCACUGCUGCCCCCAACCACCUUAACUCUACCAGCAGGAGGAAUGGCACCAGUUGUGACCUGGCUCCUUUUCCUCCAGCUUGUUCUAGGGCCAACUCUGGUCAUGGACAUCAAGAUGCAGAUUGGCAGCAGGAACUUCUAUACCUUAAGCAUUGACUAUCCCAGGGCUAACUACCCAAAGGGUUUCCGGGGCUAUUGUAACGGUCUGAUGUCCUAUAUGCGGGGCAAGAUGCAAAAUUCAGAUUGCCCAAAGAUCCAUUAUAUGAUACAUGCCCCUUGGAAGGCCAUCCAGAAGUUCUGCAAGUAUAGUGACAGCUUCUGUGAGAAUUAUAAUGAAUACUGCACACUUACCGAGGAUUCCUUCCCCAUCACGGUCUGCUCCCUGAGCCACCAACAGCCACCCACUAGCUGCUACUACAAUAGCACCCUAACCAACCAGAAGCUCUACCUACUCUGCUCCCGCAAGUAUGAAGCUGAUCCAAUAGGUAUCGCUGGUCUCUAUUCGGGAAUUUAAUUCCUGAGCCACUCCCCAACCUCUACCACCACAGGCCAGCCUGUCUCCAUUUCCAACACUCUGAUCCCUGUAACAAGACUUCCUUCCUGACUUCUGAGGCAGGCGGGGUCCCCUCCCAAGAGACCAAGUGGGUGUGACAAUGUCCAGGGCUUUGAUCACCAUGCAAAGUGGUGCUAUCGUCUAGGUUCUUUCCAGCUUGUUUACCCCCUCUUCACCCCCACCUCCUCCUCAUCCUCCCUCUCCCAGAGACAGUAAAACCCACCCAAGAAGUUGACUGUGUCCAGUUGGCAGUGACUGUCCACCCACUGGGCCAGAUCCUAAGUCCUGGAUGGAGGCCCAGGGCCUCAACUGACACCAUGGCAACAGGCACCACCUCCCCAUCCCCA